AAAUGGAGGCGGAGGCCUCCACCGACGGAGCAGGGCAGGACAGGUUGCAUUUGCAUCUGAGUUCCUGAUUGUUGUAUCCCAGUUUCUUCUGUGAGUGGAAUCGCGAGGAAGAAGGAUGUCGUGCUGCGGAGGCAACUGCGGGUGCGGCGCCGGCUGCAAGUGCGGCAGCGGCUGCGGAGGGUGCAAGAUGUACCCGGACAUGGCAGAGCAGGUGACCACCACCCAGACUGUCAUCAUGGGUGUUGCACCAUCCAAGGGCGGGUUCGAGGCGGCCGCCGGAGCUGAGAAUGGCGGGUGCAAGUGCGGCGCCAACUGCACCUGCGACCCCUGCACCUGCAAGUGAGACGACGGCGGCGGCGAUGACGCUGCAGGGUCUGCAGGCCCUGAUGGGGUCGGAAGGACUCUUUAUCUCUCUAGCUAAUUAAUAAGCUCUAGCUAGUAUAUAAUAUUCUAGCAGUGUCGUUUGCUGUGUUUUGUUCGAGUCAGUUAGACAGUCAGCCGCGUGCCAUGGGCCAUGCCCAUGGCAUAGCAUGCCUUGCUCUAUCUGCUCCAUCGCCUUGUUCUAGUGGUGGUACUGAUGGGGGAACGAAUAAUUGUACCGAGAUGUUGGCGCCGUGUCGUGUCGUGCCCUGUCCUGUCCUGUCCUGUCCUUCCUGGGGCUCAUCUAGCAGUCAGACUGUGUUGUGUUGUGUUGUGCUGUGUGGGCCGAGUGUGCACUACAGCAUCGGGCCAUGCCCCUGUUCGAUCUGUCUGCGACUUUAAUUUG